UGACUCGGGGAAACAUGCUGCAGGUCAUGUGUGGAGACACUGGCACGCACAGGAACACGUGUGCAGGUGCGCAGACACACACUGGCAUAAUGACACAAACAUGCACACGCGGGCACACCCGUUCUGCAGACACAAGCAGGCACUGGCAUGUACAGAACCAGCCUACCUCUUCAGGUUACCAGUUGCUCCUGUUGGAACGAUUCUGACUACUUAUUUAGGCGUUUGGCUCGAUUUGAGCCUUGCCAGACGAGUUCCAGAUAUGCAGUUGUGCUCGGAUCGUGGGCUGUGAGUGUUGUUGUGACCGUGGGUGACGGAAGGGGACGUGGGGGGCGCUCUGCUCAGCUCAGCUCAGCGCAGGACGCAGGAGAUAGUCGCUCUCCAAGGUGCUGAAGUCGGAGCGCUCCCUCCUCACUCUCGCCUCCCGACGACCAAAUGACUGGCUCCAGCCUCGAAUGGUCUACAUUUUUAUACUCUUUAACUUCCUCACACGUGGAUUUUUUAAAUUAUUAUUAUUCGCUGCGCAACCCACUGGAUGUAUACGCACAUAUGUGCAACAAGACUCACUGCUGCUUUCUAAUAUCCUUCAUUGGGAAAUACUGAAUUGACUCCGGAUUCUCAGGGAACGCUAUAGAGGAUUUUUUCUUUUCUCUCCCAGCAGUUUGUUUUCUCGGUUCUCUUGUCUGCACUGCAUGCCCCCGAACUGCGAUAUUCUCUCAAAAAAAGGUGAGUCCGAUGAGGAUAAUCAUGAAGAAGACCUACUUUUACGUGGAUGUCAUUUUCUUUGCACUGGGAAGGGGGGAACCAAACCUCCAAAAGGCUGGUGUUUAAUUGCUUUUAAACCCCAUCAUCACGACGAGAGAGGAAGACAGAGAGUGUGUGUGGGGGGGAUUACAGUAUCUGGCUGGAGCCUGGUGAAUUUACCUUCUGGAUGGAGUGAAGUUUCCAAUACGCAAAGGCGACUAUCUGUAAUCUGCUCUAACCCUCUGUGUGCUGGGUUCCUGGCUUCACACUCUGUGGAUAUCAAGCAAUUUCAACGCGCCUGUUUUCUAAUGAUGGUGAUAAUGAAACGCCGGACGCAUCUGGAGAGGAUACCUGGAGCUUAGGGAUGACAUCCACAGAAUCGUGUUGAAUGUGGAUGUCAACACCGCGGCGAAGGAUGGGCCCUCUCCUCUCGGCCGCCUGCGUCCUCCUGCUGGUCCUGCGCGCCGUGUCCGCGGCCACGGUGGGUAACCCCGAGGAUUACGCCGCGGACGAGGCGGAACGGACCGCCGGUGAGAACAUCGUCUUCGAUGACUACCGGGGCAAAGGAUGCGUGGACGACAGUGGCUUCGUGUACAAACUCGGGGAGCGCUUCUACCCGGGACACUCGAACUGUCCGUGCGUGUGCACGGAGGACGGGCCCGUGUGCGACCAACCCGAGUGCCCAAAACUGCACCCAAAGUGCACCAAAGUGGAACACAAUGGAUGCUGCCCCGAGUGCAAAGAGGUUAAAAACUUUUGCGAGUACCGGGGGAAAACGUAUAAAAUUCUGGAGGAAUUCAAGGUGUUUCACCUACAGGGUUUCCCAUCAGAUGAGGAAGGGACCAGUCCACCCAACAUGGCUGCCGGUGUGCCUCUGGCCUCAGCGCAGCUGCAAUCAAGAACCAGGAGAUAUAGGCCGUCACCCUGUGAGUGGUGCCGCUGCGAACCAAAUAACGAGGUGCACUGUGUGGUGUCCGACUGCGCCGUCCCAGAGUGUGUCAACCCUGUGUACGAGCCGGAGCAAUGCUGCCCCAUCUGUAAAAAUGGUCCAAAUUGCUUUGCUGGAACAACGAUCAUCCCAGCCGGAAUUGAAGUAAAGGUGGACGACUGCACCAUCUGCCGCUGCCACAACGGAGACUGGUGGAAGCCGGCGCAGUGCUUGCGGCGGGAGUGCCUCAACGGCCAGUCGUUGUCAUAGAGAGACUCCACCGAGGAAGGUGGAAAAGCUCAGGCAAGGCUCUGCCUACUGCGCCAUUUUGUAUGAUUGACAGGGCAGGAGCACAAUUCCUAAAAAACCUGAGAUGGCAUAGAAUCGAAGAGAUGCUCUCACAAGCUUCACACAAAUACAGAUUUAGCCAGUGAGAAGAAGACGGAACUUGUCUCACGGCUCUUUCCACUCUCCAGUUUUAAUCAUCCUAUAUAUUUUCAGAAGUUGACUUGCUUGACUUGCUGCUCUCACAUGAAAAGUUUCUAAGCUCCUUGAACUCUUUCCUAACCAUUGGCAAUGUUGAAUUGCUCAUGUUGAUUUCUGUAUGUAUGUCAUCAGCUUGUUGUGUGUGUCUGUCACAAUCACGCAGGCGUUGUAAAGUUCCAGUAGCAGGAGAAACAAAACGUAAGCACACUUAACAAUGCUUUUUGUUUGUGUUUUUGGAUUGACACCAGUUAAAGCAUCGCAAAUGUGUGUUUGACUUUCACAACUUCACUCGAAGAGCUUGUUUACAAAAUGCACAUAACACAUAAAUGUUUGUGUCUUCAUGAGACUUUUAUUGUUAUGGCAAGAGCUCACGUCUAACACUUACAUGAUGCUACUGUCAUAUUUUAUAAACUGCUAUGGAAACCUAAACUCUUCUAUUGAUCAUCACACAGUUCAGAGUCAUGUGUCUACACAGCAACAGCAUAGGCUGGGUGGGUUGGUAUUGUAGAAGUACCACCAGUAGCUUAGGGGCAUGAGAGAUGGCAGCCAGAAUUUAUGAGAUCUAGCUCCAGCUUAAAAAAAAAUGCUGCAAUACUGCAUCAACAAGAACAACUUUGGGCAACACUUCCCACCUCAAUUGGUUUUAUUGUAUUCUCUCAGAGGUCCAUAUCCUCCAGAAUAUUUCCACUAACUAACUACUUGAACUUGUUAUCAAAGCAAUUAGCGAGCCAAGAGCAGCCUGCUUUAAUUUUCCUUAAUCAAGGAGUAUUCUGUGAUAAAUCAUCCAGCUGAGUGCUUGGCGCUGCUGCAGCCUGCAUGCUGGGCACAUUCAGCAAGAACCAGCAGACAAAAGGGGGGAAUCUGCAUAUGUCUAAAUGCUUUUAAGCAGCAUUCACGAGCUUAUUGUCCAUGUGAGCAUACACAGGCACACCAUUCAUCCACAAUCUCAGGCACAGUAUGUUGCUCUGCACCCAGUGAGGCACUUAAACCCAUAAGGCUUGUUAAGAGACAAAGCUGUUACAUUAUACCACUCCUAUAGAUAAUGGAAUAGAUUUUCAGUCCCUCCCUUCUGUUAGAAUAGCUGAGCCAGUGUGGUGUGCGACUACGGCCAGUGCUAUAAUAUAGAGACAAGUUAAUGUAUUGCUGUGACAUUUUUUCAGGCCAGAGUGGUCCUCAAGUAGUCCAGUCUAAAAGAAAAAGCAUCCAACCAGGGCCCAAAACACGAUGUUUUUGAGAUGAUAAAUACUAGCCAUUAAUUCAAAGGUGAAUUUCCGUAAGCUCAUGCCAUUCAUCAGUAGAAUUUUUUCCAUUUCCAGAAAAUCCGCUCCCGUUAACCUUUUAGACCCUAUUCCUGGGCGGUGAUGGAUGGGCUGCUUAAUAGCAGCUCCCAGCACUCUGUAAUGAGACAGAAAUGAACAUAGGAUAAAGACCAAUGACUAAAGAGCUGUAUUACCUUAAAAGACACUAAAACUAAUUUUGCAAGAAUCUCUUAGUCUGCAAAGUCUGCUGCAUAGCUGCAUCACAUGGGCAAUGGAGAGAAAUCACAGAAUUGAAAUAACGUGGGUGAAGUUCAAUCUUAGGUGCAACAAUGGAGUUAGGGUCAUUUUCAUCAUUAAGCUGCAGUGAUUUAGUAUCUUUCAGUGUAAAAAGACAGACCUCAUCUAUCUGGCUUGAGGUCUGCAGGCUCAUAAAACAAAACUGACGUGAAUGGUUUAUCAGUCACAGCCUCAGUGCUCCAGACAUUUUAGAAUUAUUAAAGGAGCUUCAUUCAUCUUAAUUACUUUAAAUGCCACAUAAUUAUUCAGCCUAUACAUGUAUCCAAAAAAUAAAUAAAAAAAAUUGGAAUUACUUUAGUGGGUAGCAACAGAGAAAGACUGAAGUGAGUGUGCCAGUUGACAGGGCUCAAAGGCAUUGCUGCCGCCACAGAUGCCUUAUUGCUACUGUUCCAGAUAAGAUUCACAAAGCAUGGCCUUCGGCAUCAUACAGUUCCAACAGCCCAGACUGCUUUAAGUGCUACUUUGGUUCACUUCUUUGUGCGGCGGUUUACUGUUAUGAAUGAGCCAAAACUGUUUAUUGUUUUAUCCUACGACAUUCCACAAACAGCCAGCAGGGUGAAGACGAAUACAAGGACAAGUACAGUUCAACAUUCACAGCUAAAAUGUAGAAUUGAAUCCACAGAUGGCCCUAAAAAUACACUGUCACGUGAUCGGAGUAAAAGGAGAAGCAACAAAAAUGGCAGAUAUUCAAGCCAAAAAGAAGUACCCUCGCAACUUGAUCCUUAUAACAAUGUGACAUUGUAGCUCAUUGGACUGGUUGUUCCGAUACAGUUUCCUCCAUUGCUUUGCUGAAAUGCAUAGCAUUUAGUAAAUUUAACUGGGAGAGCCGUGGCUGCUCGUUCUCUCGAUUUUUCAAGCUGCUUUCAUCACCCGAGUGCGAAAGCAGUAAAUGAACAGGGUGAAAUGGUUGUCAACAGAAAUGUGACAACCUUUUCACAGUCAAGACCUAGAUCAACUGUCCCUCCACAUGUCAGAGCUGAGUUGUGAUGAUCCAGGCUGCUAGUGGGAAGCAAAGCAUGAGAAAUGUGACAUCAAAAAGCAGAUCAUAUAUUCAAAGUUAGUAGUGCAGUUAAAGAAAAUUUUUGUUUCACUGCAGUAUGUCAGAAGUAGGACAUACUAGUGCAUAUGUCGCUCUGCAUUUUAAGUAAGUUGCCUGAAAAAGGAAAAUAUUAUUACUAUGGCUCUCAGUGAGAAGGAAGCAGGAGGGAUUUAAAAACCACAUGCAUUAACAUACAGUAGUUGGCUAUGUGUGCCGUUAAUGAGAACAGGCUGCCUUUUAAAAACACAAGAGGUGUUAAUGCAGCACACAUCCACUAUAGUCCACUGUGCGCAUUUCAGAGUCUCUGCUGUGCAAAUCAGGGAAAAUUACAUUUCCCCUUCCAAACACAUGAAGCUGCACAGUUUCAAGGACAGAUCAGCUGCACAGUCUGUCUUUGUUCAGUUUCUGCCAAGAAACUUGAGUCUUUAUGUCUGUCUGUGAAUGUCUAUUCAAAUGACCCCAUCUGUCCUCCUAUCAUUCAAAUCACGAGCUUGUACAUGGGCUUCUUCCACGAGACACCGACUUACUGUAGCUGGAAACUAUGAAAGAUUGUUUUUUUCCCCCUUAUGUUAGUUUUUUCUGCAACAAAACUGCUACAUAAAGUGUGCCUGAAAACCAACACAGAGUACUAUCUGGUAAAGGAAGAGAGAAUCACUGUUAUUAUACAAUCAACUGUAUUAUUUUUUGGGGGGGCACCAAGGGUAUGUUCACGUGUGACUCAAAUAUGCGACAAUAUCAUUUCUGUAACAAAUCUGAAUUUAUGUUUGAAAUCAAGACCAUCUUUGAUUGUAUAUGAAUUCACGCUCACACAGGUUCAACCUAAACUGUACAACAAAGGGCCCAUAAUUCAAACAACUAAACAACCCUUGGUGCUUCACACGCUGUUCAUAUGUAAAUAUCUUCAAACGUAUAAUGUGUAUUCUGAAAUAUGAGGUGGAGUAAAAAAAAUGACAUAAGAAAUAAGGAAAUGUGUAUUAUUCAUCGAGACA